UACGUCCCCUGUAACUCAAAGCUCAAGCCAACCACACCACCGCCGCCAACCCUGAAAUCAUUGAAGCAUAUCAUGCCGGCCGUUGGAGUUUGAGCAUAUAUAACAGCCACUACUGGCAGCACCGCCGGCGGCGGGCAUUUCCCGUGUGAAAUACAAGCGUCCUCACAUCGAUCACUAAGUUCCUUCACAUGGAUGCUGUCUCCUAGAGUGGACUUUCGCCAUCACCACUGCAAGAGCUAUUACUCCAACAACCCCAUUUCUGAACAGCUUUUUCAUAUAUCGCCAAGCCAUUUUUCAUGGCGCCCCAAAUGAAGAAGACCAGCCAUUUUGUUACAUUUUCCUUCUUCUUCUACCUAACCAUGACCAAAACAUUACUGGUUUCCUCUCUUUCAGCUGAUGGAAAUGCUCUCCUCUCCCUUCUCUCUACUACUGACCCUUCUUUCAAAGCAUCCUCCUCUGUUCUUUCUUCAUGGAACCCAUCAAGCCCAACACCAUGUUCAUGGCAAGGCAUCGCAUGCUCUCCACAAGACAGAGUCAUCUCUGUGUCUCUCCCCAACAUAUUCCUCAAUCUUUCCUCUCUACCCUCACAGCUCUCCUCCCUCUCAUCUCUACAACUCCUCAACCUCUCCUCCACCAAUGUCUCUGGCUCCAUACCUCCUUCCUUUGGCCAACUCACUCAUCUUCACCUCCUUGACCUCUCCUCCAAUUCCCUGUCAGGUUCUAUUCCUCCAGAACUCGGCAAUCUCUCUUCCCUCCAAUUCCUUUUCUUGAACUCCAACAGAUUAUCUGGUAGAAUACCUCAGCAUCUUGCUAACCUUACCUCACUGCAAGUUCUUUGCCUCCAAGACAAUCUUGUCAAUGGGUCAAUUCCAUCACAACUAGGCUCUUUGGUCGCCCUCCAGCAGUUUCGAGUAGGGGGGAAUCCAUAUCUAACCGGAGAUAUUCCUGCUCAAUUAGGACUACUCACCAAUCUCACUACAUUUGGUGCGGCGGCGACCGGCCUUUCCGGUGUCAUACCGGCUACAUUCGGUUACUUGAUCAAUCUCCAAACGUUGGCACUUUAUGACACUGAUGUGUCUGGUUCUAUACCGCCUGAAAUUGGGCUCUGUUCUGAGCUGAGCAACUUGUAUUUGCACAUGAACAAGCUCACUGGUUCAAUCCCUCCUCAAAUGGGAAAGUUGCAAAAGCUCACCAGUUUGCUUCUUUGGGACAAUGCACUUUCUGGGCCAAUCCCAGCUGAGCUUUCCAAUUGUUCAUCGCUCGUGGUUCUUGAUGCCUCUGCCAAUGGUCUUUCUGGUGAAAUCUCGGGUGACUUGGGGAAGCUACUGGCUCUUGAACAGCUUCAUCUGUCAGACAAUGUGCUGUCGGGAACAAUUCCAUGGCAGUUGAGCAAUUGCACAAGCCUCACUGCUAUUCAGCUUGAUAAGAAUCAGCUGUCGGGUACCAUUCCAUGGCAGGUUGGUAAAUUGGAAAGCUUACAGAGUUUUUUCUUGUGGGGAAAUUCUGUGUCUGGAACCAUACCAGCCUCGUUUGGGAACUGCACAGAACUCUAUGCGCUUGACCUUUCGAGAAACAAGCUUACAGGGUCUAUUCCGGAAGAGAUUUUCAGUUUGAAGAAGCUGAGCAAGCUUCUGCUUCUGGGGAACUCAUUAUCAGGAGGGUUGCCUCGAAGUGUUGCAAACUGUCAGUCUUUGGUGAGAUUGAGGCUUGGGGAGAACCAGCUUUCAGGUCAGAUUCCGAGGGAGAUUGGUCAACUGCAGAAUCUUGUCUUUCUUGACUUGUACAUGAACCAUUUCUCUGGCGGACUUCCAUUUGAGAUUGCCAACAUCACUGUUCUUGAGCUGUUGGAUGUGCACAAUAACUACAUUACUGGGGAAAUCCCGUUUCAGCUUGGUGAGCUUGUGAAUUUAGAGCAGCUUGAUCUCAGCAGGAACAGCUUCACGGGCGAAAUUCCUUGGAGCUUUGGGAACUUCAGUUACUUGAACAAGCUCAUUCUCAACAAUAAUCUACUGACCGGUUCAAUCCCGAAAUCCGUAAGGAAUCUGCAGAAACUAACUCUGCUUGAUUUGAGCUACAACAGCCUCUCUGGUGCAAUUCCACCUGAAAUCGGUUAUGUGAAAAGCUUGACUAUCAGUUUUGACUUGAGCUUCAAUGGGUUCACAGGGAAAAUCCCUGAGACAAUGGCCAGUUUGACACUGUUACAAUCCCUCGAUCUUUCCCAUAAUACGCUUUAUGGGUCAAUAAAAGUUUUGGGUUCCUUAACUAGUCUAACCUCCCUUAACAUUUCUUACAACAAUUUCUCUGGACCAAUUCCGGUGACACCAUUCUUUAGAACUGUGUCUUUGAAUUCAUACCUUCAUAACCCAAAUCUUUGUGAGUCCCUUGACGGGUCUACGUGUUCUUCGAGUUCAAUUCGGAGAAAUGGAUUAACAUCUUCCAAAACUGUAGCUUUGAUUUCAGUUAUUCUCGCUUCACUAACCAUUCUAGUUCUUGCAUCAUGGAUUGUACUAAUGCGUAAUCACGAGUAUGUGGUGGAGAAAUCUUCAGGAACAUCACCAACUUCAUCAGGGGCUGAAGAUUUCUCUUAUCCAUGGACUUUCAUCCCAUUUCAAAAGCUCAACUUCAGGAUUGAAAACAUCCUGGAUUGCUUGAAAGAUGAAAACAUUAUUGGGAAAGGCUGGUCUGGGGUUGUUUAUCAGGCAGAAAUGCCCAAUGGACAGUUGAUUGCAGUGAAAAAGCUGUGGAAAACAAAACGAGAAGAAGAACCAGUGGACUCUUUUGCAGCAGAGAUUCAAAUUCUUGGACACAUUCGGCAUAGGAACAUUGUGAAGCUGCUUGGUUACUGUUCCAAUAGAAGUGUCAAGCUACUUCUCUACAACUACAUUUCAAACGGUAACCUGCAACAGCUGUUGCUGGGGAAUAGGAACUUGGAUUGGGAAACAAGGUACAAGAUUGCAGUUGGGUCAGCUCAGGGUCUUGCUUAUCUUCAUCAUGAUUGUGUGCCACCAAUUCUUCACAGAGAUGUUAAGUGCAAUAACAUACUUUUAGAUUCCAAGUUUGAGGCUUAUCUGGCAGAUUUUGGUCUUGCCAAGUUGAUGAACUCUCCAAAUUAUAACCAUGCAAUGUCAAGAGUAGCUGGAUCUUAUGGUUAUAUUGCCCCAGAAUAUGGAUACACCAUGAACAUAACAGAGAAGAGCGAUGUCUACAGCUAUGGAGUGGUGCUGCUGGAAAUUUUAAGUGGGCGUAGCGCGAUUCAGCCCCAAGCGGGUGAUGGGCUCCAUAUUGUUGAGUGGGUGAAAAAGAAGAUGGGAAGCUUUGAGCCGGCCAUAUCGAUACUAGAUGCAAAGCUCCAAGGCUUACCUGAUCAAAUUGUGCAAGAGAUGCUUCAAACACUUGGAAUUGCUAUGUUUUGUGUGAACUCUUCACCAGUAGAACGGCCAACCAUGAAGGAAGUGGUGGCAUUAUUGAUGGAAGUGAAGAGCCCACCUGAAGAAUGGGGGAAGACUUCUCAGCCUCUAAUAAAGCAGUCCUCAAAUCAAACUCAAAGUUGAUUUUUUUUUUUUUUUUUUUUCGAUUUCCCUUUUUGUUGUUCUUUUCCUUCCAAGGGUAUCAAUGAUUGGAUUUCUUUCCUAUCCCAAGAUAAGAAGAAAUGCGUGUGGUUAUUGUGGGAAAUGCGGAGGAAGCUUAGGGUAGUAGCAUAUUUGAGUUUGGAUGGUGGUCUUGGGCUUGUACAGUUCUAAAAAACAUGAAUGUGGUUGAUUUUGCUUCAUUUCACUCA